AUCGCAUACGAAUGGGUACUGUCUUUUCAUUACUGUAUUGAUCACAGAUACUUGGUACAUACACCUGAAACGGUUUACGAGUACCUGCAGCGAGACUGCACAAGUACCUUCACCGAAGGGCAAAACCGUGCACGUGAUAUCGAGUUCACAAUGGCCAUCAAGCGCGUUGCAGUAAUAGGCCUUGGUCCAUCUGGGGCCAUCGCCGUUGAUGCGCUAGCCCAGGAAAAAGCAUUCGACGUGAUUCGCGUUUUUGAGCGAAGGGAAGCCCCGGGGGGCUGCUGGCUCGAGGACCCAUCAUCACCAGCACACCUUGCGCCACAGUCUUUUGCCGCCCUGGCUGAUCGAGAUGGAGAACACCCUCUCGAAAUUCCAACAUCACUACCGGUCAAGACAUCGAAAGGAGCGCAGAAGCACUAUACCGAAUCAUCCGUGUAUCCGUAUCUCGAAACCAACGUGGACGCUAUCCCAAUGUCUUUUUCCCAAGAACGGAUACCAACCCAACGGAGCGAGCUUUCCAUCUCCAAGCAUGGGAAGGACACGCCAUUUCGACAUCAUUCUGUGAUCAGGAAUUACAUCGCGGAUCUGGUCAACCGGAGAGGAUACGAAAAACUCGUUUCGUACGAGACUACCGUCGAGCUAGCCGAGAAAGUAGGAAAAGAAUGGCGACUUGUCCUUCGCAAAAAUGGGAAUAGACAGGACGAAUGGUGGGAAGAGCGGUUUGAUGCUGUAGUGGUUGCGAACGGUCACUAUCAUGUUCCGUAUAUACCGCGUAUCGAAGGCCUGGCUGAAUUUGAGACUGCAAGACCGGGAAGCGUCAAACAUUCUAAGAUGUUCCGGGGUCGUGAUUCGUACAAGGGCAAGACUGUCAUCGUAGUAGGCGCAUCAGUCUCUGCAGCAGAUAUCGCAUACGAUCUAGUGGGCGUCGCUGCGGGACCGGUAUAUGCCGUAGUCAAAGGUCAUAAACCGAACGGUUAUUUCGGCGACGAAGCAUUUAAGCACCCCGGAAUUGCUGCCAAACCCUCCAUCUCUCACAUAUCGACAUCUGGAACCGAAAGAAUAGUGCACUUCAUCGACGGUACAUCGGUCGCUGGCGUUGACGAGAUCAUCUUUGGAACCGGGUAUUCAUGGUCAUUGCCCUUCUUGCCGAAUAUUUCGGUCCGCAAAAAUCGUGUUCCUGGACUAUAUCAGCACGUCGUGUACCAACAAGAUCCCAGCUUACUAUUCGUCGGCGCCGUGGGCGCAGGAUUGACGUUCAAGGUCUUCGAAUGGCAGGCUGUGCUCGCUGCGCGCGUGCUGUCUGGUCGCGCUAUACUUCCGUCGGUGGAAGAGCAAGUGCAAUGGGAGAAAGAGCGCGUCGCUAAAAAAGGUGACGGUGCGCUAUUCACUUUGAUCUUCCCGGAUUUCGAGGAAUACUUUGAGAAGUUGAGGUCUCUAGCCGGUGAGCCAAAGGAUGAGGAACCGGGACGAAGGCUACCACCCUUUGACAGAUCAUGGGUUAGUACAUUCAUGGAUGGCCAUGAGAUAAGAAAAAAAUGGUGGAGAGAAGAGAAUGAGAAAGCGAGGAACGAGCAGGCGCCUCGUGCUAGAUUGUAA